AUUUACAACAGCAAAUAAAGAAGGCAGCUCUUGACGACUCCGAAAGGAUGACUAGAGCCGGGUAAUACAGGUUGCAACUCUGUCAGUAUUGUUCAGGUAUCACUAUUAUAACUUACAGUACCUAGUAAUGCCUAAGACAACGCCACUCGUCUUCCGUGACGUGCGAGCAUGGCGGAAGGAAGCGCUGCGCGUAAAGCUGCCAACGCGAAAGCCGAUGAAGGGCCUCAAAGCGUCCUGCUGGCCCGCCAGCUCCAAGUGAGCCGCUACUUGGAUCCGUGGGGAACGCCGCAAAUCACAUGGGUGCACUCGCACCAGAUUGUGCGUGGCUUCAAGGUUAUUGUGAACCUCUACGACAUCUUGCCGCCCCGCCUCAACUCGUGUCUGUCGGGAUGCGGCCUGGGCGGAGCCUUCCACUCGGGCGUGGAGGUGGCAGGCACGGAGUACGCGUUCGGCGGCGCCAGCGCUGAGGACCAGGGCAUCAUGGCUCUGACCCGGCCGCUGUACGUGCUGCGGCGGGAGGCGGAGGAGCUGGUGAAGGCGGGACAGGAUGAUGCCGGCUCUGCGGCCGCUGCGCUGGGGUGGAUGCCGGCGCUGCGGUCUCGGGCGGUGGUGGGGUGGUGGCUGGGCAGCCUGGCGGAGCUGGACGAGCAGGUGCUGAGGCCGCUGUGGCUGCAGGGCAGGUGGGUUGGCCCCGCCUACCGGCUGCUGUCCCGCAACUGCAACCACUUCUCCCGUGCGCUGUGCGGCGCGCUGCUGGCGCACCCCAGCUUCAAGGCAGCGCCCGGCAAGUCCGACCCGCUGCGCAUGGUGCCGCGCAAGGUCACGCGCCUCAGCAGCCUGGCGGCGGCGCUGCGCUGCUGCACCGGCCGCAUGGACUCCCCCAUGCCUCUGGCGCCCUACGCGCUCAACCUGUUCCAGGGCGAGCCGCGCAGCAUAGUCGGCGACCUGCCGCCCUGGUUCCGGCUGCAGCAGCAGCGCCUUGCGACGGCCGCCGCAGCCACCGCGGCGGCGGCCGAGGAGGGCAGCGUGGAGGGCGCUGACAAGGCCGCUGCUGGGGUCGGGGCGGUCAUAGCAGGCGCAGGCGCAGGCGCACACACACCGGUGGAGCGUGGUUUGGAGCGUCGCAGUGCGGCAGUGAAAGCGGCCGCGGCGGCGGCUGAGGCACGGGCGGCGGCGGCAGCGGCGAGGGCCUCGCCCACACGGCUAGGCGGGGUGGUGUCCGUACCCGAGGGAGGCAUGCGGACGUCGCAGUUCGCGACGCCACCUAAGCAGGCAGCGUCCGGAGAAGCUGCAAGGAGGGCGAGCCGGGAUUACGCAGCCACGCACGGAGCCGCGGCGUUCGAGAGGGGAGCCUUUGGCAUGCCUGCUCUGGCAGCAGCUGCAAUCGGAGGGGUGUCCCAUGGAGAGGGCCCUACGGAAGCUCCCGGGUUUGUGGCGGAGGUGUGUAGUGCCGAACUCUCCACGACAACGGCCUCGGCCUCCGCUUCCGCGUCGGACGGUCCCACAUUGCCUAUGCCGCUGGCCACCCGUCUGGGUCCGCCGCAGGCGCCUUCUGGUCGCACUGCAGUGGCGGCGCCGGGGCUGCACGGCUUGGCUGCUCGCAGUCAGAGCAGGCGGCGCGUGUUUCCGGACCCGUGCUCUUCAGCAUCAGGUGGAGGCCCGGGCGCGGGCGCUGCAGACGGUGCGGCCGACGCGGCUGCAGAUGCAGCGGUCGCAGCGGUCAUGUCGUCGCGGCGGGCAUCGACGGUGGAGGAGGGAGCUGGCGGAGCCGUGCUGCCGGAUCCUGCGGUCAGCUCAGGGGGCGGCGGCACUGGGAUGCGAGCAGGGAGCGGCAGCGCCCAGCGGCUCAGUGCAGAGGUCCUUCAGCACAACGACGGGCAGCAAGCGCAAGCGAGCGGCAGCAGCGCUGCAGCAGGUCUGGCGGCUGAGGUUGCUGGUGGCGUCAGCGCAACGCCAAUCUUGGCACCUGUGACCCCGCCAGGUCCCCACCAGCGGCAGUUGCCGCCCGCACGCGCCCCUCUGCCGCCGCUGCACCAUGGCGUAACCAACUCGGUCGGCACCCAUGCAAGCGUGCAAGGCGCCAGUGCUCGCGUGCCAUCGGCGCAGCCACCGCAGCGAUCUUAUCAUCCCUCAACACAACCCGUGCCAUGUCCGGACCCUCUCACUCCAGCACCGCCCACCGGUCGUGGCGGCAAAGCGCCGCCGCCGCCCCAUCCCUCACCUCCUCCAGCACCUUCGCCGUCCCCGCACCCGCCCAGCGGCGAGCCGCCACGCCCUUGGAGCGUUCUCUCGGGCGGUUUUGUUGACCUGAUGUUUGACCGGUCAGCUCAGCCCACACCCGAGCCGCCCCCAGGCGUUCCUGCUCCAGACCCAAGGGCCGCACAGCUAUCACUACCGGGCGCUGCGGAGGCUGGCCGAGCAGCAGGCGACGGCUCAGCUGGCAGCGGCGGCGGCGGCUUGGCGGCGGCACGCCCCGCCACCGUCAGCGGGUCCGGGACGUCUGUAAGCAGGUGCCGCUCUGGACGCAGCACGCCAGUUGAAGGCGCGCUGGGCGCCGAGGCGGGUGCUUGCAGCGUGGCGAGAGCGGCUAAGGCAAGGUCGCCCAUCCCGUUGCAACGCGGCAGCGGCGGAGGAGCAGCGGUCCGCGUCAAGGCUGCAGACGCCGGUGCUUCAGGGGGCGUGGGCGGCGGCGCAGAGGCGGCCAUGCCGACAUCGCCACUAUCAAGGUACGAGAUCAUGGCGGCCGUGGACGCAAUCGGCAGCAGUCAUCGCGCCAGCCGCCAUAACGACCGAUCAGUCAGCGACCCAUGAGCCCUGCUGGCGGCGGCCUCAAGGAGAGGAGUAGUACUGCGGCGGUCAGUAAUAGUUCUAUUGUGCGUAUGUGUGCACAGGUUGUACAGAUGUUUCAUGCUUGAAUGAGGCUGAGUGCCCAUGAGGCAGUUGAACGAACGCUUCAAAACCGCUGCAUAUGCAUGUGGAUGUGUAGGCAUGACUUUUGCACAACUUGCGGGCAGACUAAGCCCCUGAGCACGCACAGCUAGUUGUAGUGGUCGAUGCAUGGAAGGAGGGGUGCACGGGGAUGGGUUCCCUCCCCCUGCUGGGCCACAAUGCGAAACGCUAACCAUGUGUUUUGUGACUUUCUUUGAACGGCCAGGGGGGCCCGCUCCGUCAUCUUACCUUCUGGCAUGAAAGGAUCAUUCAUGGCUCAUAGCUUUGAAGCACGUAAGGGUCAUGCCUUAAUCUCAUUUCAUGCAAGACCGUGACAGGGACUAGGAAUUAGCUGCUAUCAGCCAACCUUGGCUGACAGCAGCUAGUGUGUCGGCGUGCAUAGGGUGAGCGUGCCCGGUUGAUCGUGUGCCGUUUCGGGGGCAUGCACUCGGGCGCUGAGUUCAGGGUGAGCGUUCCGGGUUUUGUUAGGUGCCCGCCCUGACCCGGUCAAAAGUUGUUCUGCGCCAACAGUGCUACUGGGGCCACGACUUGUCAUCUUGUCUUUGUGACUCAGAUGGUGCCUGGCGGUGUCGGUAUGUCUGCAGUGUAUGUAUUUCUGAGUCCCUUUUGAGUCCCGUCCGGCUCUGGUGUUAUUCCCCCCAUCUAGCUGUCAUAGCCCUCCCCCCUUCGCCCACGCAGCACGCACGUUGCAGGCUGCUGCGACUGUGAGGCUGGUGGUUCGCGUGUCAUGCAACUGGGGGCGGGUACCGUAGUUGUGCGGGCGGCAGGAUGGAAGUGCAUGUAUGAAGUGCAGGGGCUGUUGUAUGAGCGAAUGGUGGAGCUGCGAAGUUGCCUGUCGGUGCGCGGCGGGGCUGGGAAUGGGCAGUUGUUUGCGUGCGGCACGGACUGGUCAGAUACCGGUACGUGCCGCACUGGCUGGCGUAAGGCUCGGAGGUAGCCCGUUGGAAGACUGCAGGCAGAGCUCUGUGCAUAUUCAUGAAGUGCAACAGUAAGCGACAGGGGAUCAAAGUUCGUAGCUGGCCAAAGUCGGCUGGCGCUCCUUGUCACCUUGUGGCGAGCAGAGGUUGAUGGCGGGCACGUGAUGCCGUUCAGGAC